GCUGCGCUUCGAAAUGCGGAAAAUCCAGUCUCUGCUUCAACGUGGAGCUUUCGUCUGAUAUUUCUUCCCCUUUAUCCUUCAACUUCCCCCACCGUUAUCUUCCUCUUCAUCUCUGAUCUCCCAAUUUCUUCGAUCGAAGAAUUUAUUGAUUUGGUUUAGUCUUCGGACCAGACCGCCCCCUCCCCCUCUCUCCCGCCGCCGGCUUUUCAUUCUUCUCGGAUUUGAUGUUCUCGAGUUAAAGAAGGAGCUACCAUGGCGGCAACUCCUCCAUCGGAUGACGAGAACUCCCAGAACUCAGCUCCAGCUCCAGCUCCUGCACGAGCAACGAAUGAGGAUCGCGGCGACGCGAAGGCGGAGGUUGAGAAGCAAACCUCUCCGCCAUCCGUGUUUGUAAACUCUGAACCAAUGAGAGAGGAUCAAGUGCAAAAUGCUGUCAAAUUCCUUCAACACCCUAGGGUAAAAGGCUCUCCAGUUGUCUACAGACGAUCGUUUUUAGAGAGAAAGGGUCUUACGAAGGAAGAGAUUGAUGAAGCAUUCAGGCGUGUGCCCGACCCGCCUCCUACUGCACAGACGGCUAAUGUGAGUCAAGAUGGACAAGUGAACUUGGUUCAGCCACAGCCUUCAACGCAAUCUCUUCAACCAGUUGCCGGUGUUCCUCCUCCUGGUGGUGCUGUAUCUAGCGUGGGUACCAUCACGCGGUCUAGAUUCCACUGGUAUCAUGCCAUUCUCGCUGUAGGAAUACUGGCUGUUUCGGGUGCUGGAACAGUUGUAGUAAUUAAGAAUGCAAUUAUUCCUAGGUUGAAAUCUUGGGUGCGCAAAGUUGUAUUGGAAGAAGAUGAUGGCGUUGAGAAGAAAAUUAACUCAAAACCAAGUGUAGCUGAGGAAGCAGCAGCCGCUGCCAAAGCAGCAGCAGCAGCAGCAUCUGAUGUGGCAAAGGCGAGUCAAGAGAUGCUGUAUUCAAAAAAUGAAGACAAAAAGAAGUUUGAGGACUGCGUUAACUUGUUGGAUGCUCAGCUUGGGCAGAUGAAGUUGAUGCUGAAUGCCAUUCAGAAAUUGGAAGCAACCACGUACGGAAGAGCUGCUACUUUUGAUCAGGAAGAUUAUCGAAUUGCUACCAUGAGUUCAAAGCAGGCAUAUGCCAAUGGCAAGUUGGACACUAACAUGCAGACAGUGACACCUUCCUUGACUGCCGCACCUGUUGAAUCCUCAGUUGCUCCCCACCCCAAGUCUUACAUGGAGAUCAUGGCCAUGGUCCAGAGAGGAGAAAAACCAUCUAAUAUUAGAGACAUAGAUGAUUUACCUCCCAAUCCAAAUCAACAGCCAUCAAAUCCUCGCCUAGCUCCUAAAGCCAAGCCCUGGGAGGUUGGUACACAAAACAAUUCUGGCUUUUACUCUCAAACUCAAGAAGAUGGAGAAGGUUUGAAUUCCUUGACACCAAACAAUGGCGUGACCUAUCAGAUCAAUGGUAACGCUUCAGUGCCUUGGUGGCAGAAGAGAAAUGUCAAUAUUACAGAGAACGAUAGCAAUGAGUUGAAGGUAGGCUCUUCGAGUGGGCUCACUGCUGAGAAGUCAGUUCAACGCACAUGGGUUCCUCCUCAGCCACCACCUGUUGCAUUGCCAGAAGCAGCUGAAGCCAUCCGACGGCCAAAACCAUCUAUCCAGAAAGAGCAGUUUACUGAUGAACAACUAGUAACAAAUCCAAAUGUAACUGAUGAGUUGCAGAAGGCCACAAAAAUUUCUGAAUCCGGGGGAACGACAAAUUAUGAAAACUUGGGAGAGAGCUCAAGUGAGAUACAAGUGGAAGAAAAUGGCUCUGGAGGACAAUGAACUGGGUUAGAGUAUUAUAAAAAUCACGUAUGAUCCUAAGGCUCAAUUUGAAAUCUUUUGUGCAUGGGUUAUGCCCGAUGAGAGGCGAGGUAUUGGAAAAAUUUUUAGUACUAUGCUGGUAUGAAUACUACUUUCAUUCAUUGUCAACUAUGAAGAAUUUAGUAUCCUCUAGAAAUGAUGUGGAGUGUAUAAGCAUUGUAUUGUUAUUGGUAACCGAGUUGGUAGAGAUCGUAUUACUCUCUCUCUCUUGAUUUAUUGCAUGCUCUUUCUCUCUCUA